AUGAGCGCAUGCAAGAAGUCUGGGAAGCCCCGCUGUUCGGCCAUCAAAGAGCAAUCUGCCCCGCGAUCUAAGAUACGGUCCAAAUCAUCGUCUAAGCUGCCAGCUAAGCCGGCGAGAGAUACGAUUAAGAAGUCGCCAAAAGCAAAAGCGCUCUCGGUGGCGCAGCCCACAGGUCGGAAGUGGACUCUGCAGGAGGAAAUACGUCUCUUAGCACUCUUCAUCGCGGUUGGACCCGAUUGGUUCAAAAUUUCUGAGCACCUUGACAAUCGUCAACCAAGCACGAUAAAGUGCAAGUUAAACAAUAUGCUCAGGUAUGCGUUGAUGGGGGCGAGUGAUCGUAUCGAUGACGUGGGAAGAUUCACAAAGCAUAUAGCAAACGAAAUUAAGUCCAAAAACUACACCCUUCUUCAGUACCAUUCGCAGCACCUUUCCAAGCUACCCUUAGAAAAAAUAGAGCCCUUUCUUCGUAGAGAGCUCAAUAUCAUAUUGCCUCAGUUAGAGUCGCAGGCAAAAAGAGAGCAUGUUGAUAGUUGUAUACUAACAAAUAAGAGCGAACAGAAGACUACGUAUCUUCAACCUUUACCUUUUUCAGCGCCGCAGCAGCUCCAGCCGAUGCUGGUAAGUGACUAUAGCGAUGCUCCAACGCCCCAGCCUCCCUACUCUUCCUGGUUUAAUAACGUAUUCCCAUAUCCUUCUUCUUGCUCCGAUUCUCUUGUGCAGUGGAAGCCUCUUCCCUGCGAUUCAAGAGGCUCGUGUCAGCUCUCCCUAUCAGAGAGCUCAUUCAGGCUCUUCCCACCGGGCCUGGAGGCACCACCUCUACUUCAUCCGAUAGCCUCAUCCAGCAAUGCCCACAGCACGCCAGUGUCUGCCUUGCCCUCACUAGAUCCCCCCUAUAAUAACGAAAUCUGCGGGUACUCACUUAGGGUCCCGAUUAAUUAA